AUGCCGUGGACGAUCAACGCCGAGAUCUACCCGCUCGCGAUGCGCGGCAUGGCCAUGAGCAUGUCGACGUCCGUCAACUGGAUCUCCAACCUCAUCAUUUCGUUCACGUUCCUCUCGCUGAUUGAAGGCACGACCACGUACAUUACGUUUUUGGAUCUACUGCGGCAGACCCGCGGCGUCUCGCUCGAAGACAUUGACGAGCUCUUCACGCCCGAGAAGAAGAAGAAGAAGGAGCGGUACAGCCCCGUGGGCAUGGGCAUCUAG